GCAGGGGCCUGGAGGAACCUGAGCGGCAGCCCUGGAGGCGGGAAGAGGGGUCCCGGCUCCCCUUUCCCAGGCCUGGAAGGGGGCCUGCUAGGGCUGGUGCUGCUCUGGGUCUGGGACGCCCUGGAGAGCCGUCCUCUCCUCUCUGGGCCUCGCGGUCAGGGGCCCGUGUGGACACACCCCCGGGAAAUGGAGGGAAAGAGGAACUGGAAAGGAUGUGAGGGAGAUAGGGAUUGGGGUCGGCCGGAGGGUGCGGGGUGGGGGAACGGAGUGUGCGAAGUUGGGGUGAGGACGGAUGCGGUGGAGCUUGGGGUGCGAGGUGCUGCAGACCGUGGGGCUGACUGGUAUCGGGGGACCAGUUAGGGUGGGGGUGCGCAAGGGAUGGAGGACCGGGCGGCGAGUGGGGGGGUGCUGGGCAGAGGGGGGCUGCGCCUGCGAAGGCCCGCCCCUGUCCCCUCCCUCCCGUCCCGGGGAUGAGCCUCCGCGUCUCCCCGCCCCACGCCAAGGGCGGAGGCCGCACGCACAUCCCCGCUCCGCUCGGCGGCGCCGGCCGGGUCUCCGCCACAGCCCCCCUUCCGCUCGGGCCGCGGUCCUCGGAGCCGCCGCGGUUCUGCCCGAGGCCUGCGGCUGGUUCUGCUCCAGGAACAUGAACUGGGCGGCCGCCGUGUGCUGGGCUCUGCUGCUAGCGGCCACCUUCCUCUGCGACGGCAGUGCAGCCAAAGGUGGCCGCGGUGGGGCCCGUGGCAGCGCCCGUGGCGGGCGCGGUGCCGCGAGGGUGCGUGUGAGGCCAGCGCCCCGCUACGCCGGCUCCUCAAUGCGCGUUGCCGCGGGGGCGGCGGCGGGGGCCGCGGCGGGGGCAGCCGCAGGCCUGGCUGCGGGCUGGAGCUGGAGGAGGGCCGCGGGGCCGGCGGAGCUUGGCAUGGAGGAUGCGGAGGACGGAGCGCCCGGCGGCAACGGAACGGGGCGAGGCGUCUACAGCUACUGGGCGUGGACCUCAGGCGCGGGGCCCACAGGCCACAGGCACCUCUGCCCACUGCUGGGCGGGGCCCUGGGCGCCCUGCGGCUGCUGCGGCCCUAGGCUGGGCCGGCG